AAAUCAACUAGAUUGGACGCAGUAUAUAUAUAUAACAUCAUAGUUAUCACUAUUUUUAGAUAAACAGAUUUAAAUACAAUUUCAACGAGAAUUAUUGCUUUGUUUCAUUUUUAUUUUAAGAUACGCAAGUUGUUAAAAGCAUUUAUAACUCUAAUGAUAUUGCGUUACUAAAAUAAGUCGUAGCAUGCUACAAGACGCCAUUUUUAAAAGUAUCCUACAAGAGCCAUUGUAAACGAUGGAAAUCGCAGAUACAAGUGUGCGGGAAAGAUCUGAAAUUAUUCGUAAAUUCCACGUAUUUUUGAAGAAAUUUGUUGAAAUCGAUGUUGUAUAAAGAAUAGUAAGAAAGUAAUAUAUACUUUAAACUAUAUACGUAUCAGUUACGCUUCAUCGAGAGAUUACACGUACAACGACCGAUUGGAUUACAUUUGUAUCGUUUAAUACAUCAGGACUUUGGUAAAAGGAAAUGUUUCCGGCUUAUGCUUAUUUGUCUGCUUAUGACAGACACAAAAAACUCAUUAACGAUUACUUAACUUUAUAUGGAGGCUCCAUAUCAUCUUUAAAACGAGACACGUCCCGAGAUAAGACGGAUUAUGACGUUAUUAAAGAAAACCAUAAAUUUCUUUGGGAUCAGGACGAUGAUGUACCGGAGACAUGGGGUGCACGAUUGGCGAAAAAGUAUUAUGAUAAAUUAUUUAAAGAAUACUGCAUAGCUGACUUAUCGUAUUACAAACAAAACAAGGUGGCCUUAAGAUGGAGAACAGAAAAGGAAGUAGUAGUGGGCAAAGGACAAUUUGAGUGUGGCAACAAAAAAUGUAAAGAAAAAGAAGAUUUGAAAUCUUGGGAAGUAAAUUUUGGUUACAUAGAGCACGGGGAGAAAAAGAAUGCUCUUGUGAAAUUAAGGUUGUGUCCUGAGUGUUCGAUAAAAUUGAAUUAUCGAUCACAGAAGCGCGAAGUAAAGAGGCACAAAGCUUUGAAGAGAUUAGGGAGAAAUCUAGAACCACAGAAUAGUGUACCAAGCACAUCUACCAUAACUAUUAAAAUUGAAGAAAAUGAGGCUAUAAAUAAUGCUGAGGAAUCCGUUGCACAGACAGAAAGGGAUGAGUCAGCAAUUUGGAAAGAAAAACCGGCGGACAACUUAGAAAAAACCAGGGAAGAGGAGUUCGAAGAAUAUUUAGCAGACCUACUAAUGUAAGAAAUAUUUAAGUUAACGCGAUACUAUUAUUAGUAAUGUCAAAACAUUGUUUAUUAAUAAUGCUGUUAAAGAAUAUAACAAUUUUUACACAUAACACUAGUCACGUUUAAAUAAAUAU